AUGGAAGGCGUGCUGUACAAGUGGAGUAUCUACAUCACAGGUUGGCAGCCUCGCUGGUUUGUUCUAGAUAAUGGGAUAUUGUCUUACUAUGAUUCACAAGAUGAUGUUUGUAAAGGCAGCAAAGGAAGUAUAAAGAUGGCAGUGUGUGAAAUCAAAGUCCACCCAACAGACAGCACAAGAAUGGAGUUAAUAAUUCCAGGAGAGCAGCAUUUCUACAUGAAAGCUGUUAAUGCAGCUGAACGACAGAGAUGGCUAGUAGCCCUUGGGAGCUCGAAGGCCUGCUUGACGGAUACCAGAACAAAAAAAGAGAAAGAGAUUAAUGAAACCAAUGAAUCUUUGAAAACCAAAAUGUCUGAGCUUCGUCUCUACUGUGACCUCCUAAUGCAGCAGGUCCACACAAUACAAGAGUAUGUCCACCAUGAUAAGAAUCGGUCAUCGCCCACUGUUGAGACUAUGAAUGAAGCUUCUUCCUUGCUCAGUGCCACCUGUGACACAUUUAUCACUACACUUGAAGAAUGUGUGAAAAUAGCUAAUGCCAAGUUUAAGCCAGAGAUGUUCCAGUUGCCUCAUCCCGAUCCCUUAGUCUCACCUGUGUCACCCUCACCUGUGCAAAUGAUGAAACGCUCUGUUAGCCACCCAGGUACUUGUAAUCCUGAGAGGAGCAGUCAGCCCAUAAAAGAACCAAAUUCCUCUUCACAUCGGUCAUCACAAAGAGGGAGAAGAGCAGUCUCCGAUACAGAACCUUCUGUUGAUAUUCCCCUUGAAGAGAAAGACCGACUCGUGUUCUGUUCCAGAAGUACUGUCAAUGGAGAUUUGGUGCUGUCAUCCAUUCCCGAAGCGACAGUAUCGGUGUCUAAGAAACAAUCGGAACCUGAGGAGCUUCUUCCACCAACUUUGUGAAGAAACGAGAGGAAUCGGCUUUCUCGGGGUUCAUGCUAUGCAAAAGCUGCUGUGACUCUGUUGUUGUAGGGGGAGUGGUUAGUUCCUAUCUGAAGGAUUUCUCUGCACUUUAUAGAAUAAUGUAAAAAUGAAACAAAACAAAAGAGCAAACCUAACUUUUAAGUGUAUUUUAUCUUUUUAUAGUUGAUUUGCCAGAGUAUUUUCCUAAAAAGAAAAACACUUCAGUUUGUGCAUUUUUAAUAGACCUUUAAUGUACCUUUGUAAAACUGCGUCUCAAAGCAGGACAGUCAGAAACCUUAGAUUGAAUGUUUUAAACCUUGAGAAAAAGAUUUCAAAUUUGGGAUUGGGAAAACGUGUGCCAUCGUCCGGACAGCUUAUGUGAUCACCUAGUUGCGGUGUCAAGCACCACUUGGGUCCAGUUUGCCUCUACUCCCAUGCAGUCAUUGGUUUUCAUGGCACUUUUUGUUUCAGUGGAGGUUUUUCUUGCGUUAAAACUGAGACAGUAUUAGCUUACAAGAAAUUUAGUAUUUUUCCUCAUUUUCCAAGUGGUGGAACCUUACAUUCUGCUGAGGGAACAUUCCGGUCAAAAUUAAGCGCCUUUUAAGUUCCAUCGGUUUUAAUGAGAAAGAUUUUUAUACAGUAAUAUCGGUGGAAUUUUAUAAUGCUUAGUCUUAGCUAGGUCUUGUUCUGAGAUGCUUAAAUCAUCUUGUGUUGUAUAUCUUUUUUUUAAUGGAUCUCGGAACACCAGUUUUCACUGGGUUGUGCUCAAAACCCAAGCAGUCAAUGGAAUUAAUAGAUGUCUGGUAUUUUUCUAAAUAAAAGACAUAUGCAUCAUCUGCUCAAGAGGCAUUGAAAAGGAAUUUCAUCCAUUUGAAAUAUAUUUCUUCCUUUUUUGCGCCACAAAAUGCAUCCAUUGUUGAAGCAAGCGUGGAGUGGGGGAAGGGAUGCAAAGGUGUGCUUAGUUCUUCUUGGGUUGUAUUGCAUCAUUAAAUGCAUUGUAGCCCUGUUGUUGUUUUAACAUCUCUGGCACCAUCCAUCCAAAGGUAAGCACCUGCAGUUCUGAUUGAUUUCACUGGAACAAUAUACUGUACUUAACUUUUUCUUGUUUUAAUAAGUUUGGAUUAAGAUUGGUGCCCUUUGGGUGGAUCGUGUUCUUCCUUUUCACGUACAACCAAACUGUCCUUGAUUAUUAUUAUUAUUAUUAUUAUUAUUACUAUUUUACCAAAGUGUUAUUUUAGUGCUGAUUUCUAAAAUAUGCUGUUGAGCUGCUGUUCUAACAUUUGCAGCUGUAUAUUUAUUUAUGAAUAUUUAUACCAAAGGGGGAGAAUGGCUGUUCCUGUUAUGUGAGUUCUUUAACUACAGAGUACCAUGUAUCUACAGCGAUAUUCUCCUCUCUAUGAACUCCAGCAUCAAUUAUGAACUCGCCUCUCACAGAGCUGAGGACUGAGCUAUAACCAGAGACUGAACCCUGUCGCUUUGCUGUUCCGCAUUGUGCGUUCUGGGAUCAAUUCAUCAGAAACCUCUCUUGCACAGGCUCCGGUUUUUCCCCCUUCUUUUUACAAGUACAAAAAAAAAGUUUAAAUUUCACAAGGUUUGGAUCGAUGUUUCUGAUGAAGUGUGCCCAGAGUUGAUUGUGUUUUGAAAUGUAUUUCGUUUUUCAACUCACUUUGGGAUAAACUUGGUCUAUAAUGUCUUGGCUGUGGAGCACUUUUUAAAAAAAAUGUGAAUUUUUUUAAAGGUACAUAAGUGUUCAAUAAAUACAGUUUUUUCACCCAGGCAUGCA